AUGUAUGUCUCCCUCUCCUCCCCUGGUCCCCCUCUCCCUCAGGCAUUUAACGUCAUCAACGGGGGCUCUCAUGCGGGCAACAAGCUGGCCAUGCAGGAGUUCAUGGUACUUCCUGUAGGGGCGGAGUCUUUCAGGGACGCUGUGCGUGUGGGGGCGGAGCUGUAUCAGACGCUGAGGGAAGUGAUCAAGGAGAAGUAUGGCCAGGACGCCACCAACGUGGGGGACGAGGGGGGGUUCGCCCCAAACAUACUGGAGAACACUGAAGCACUGGAGCUGAUCAAGACAGCCAUUGAGAAGGCAGGUUUCACAGACAAGGUGGUGAUCGGGAUGGACGUGGCAGCCUCUGAGUUCUACAAAGAGGGCAAGUACGACCUGGACUUCAAGUCUCCGCCCAACGCAGACCGCCACAUCAGCGCCCAAGAGCUCUGCGACAUGUACCAGGGCUUUGUCAAUGACUACCCAGUGCACAUUGGCAAGUCUCUGUAUCUGUCACUGUCUCUCUCUCCCUCUCUGUCUGUCUCUCUGUGUAUGUCUCUCUGUCUGUCCUCCAGGUGUAAGUUGGCUCAGGAGAAUGGCUGGGGGGUGAUGGUGAGCCACCGCUCAGGUGAGACAGAGGACACCUUCAUUGCUGAUCUGGUGGUGGGCCUCUGCACUGGACAAAUCAAGACUGGAGCUCCCUGUCGAUCAGAGCGGCUGGCCAAAUACAAUCAACUCAUGAGGAUUGAGGAGGAGUUAGGGGACCAGGCUCGCUUCGCAGGGCACAACUUCCGGAACCCCGCCGCCCUCUAAGACUCCUUUGGGCUGACGGACACUGACACAGAAUCACAGACAUACAUCACAUCACUGCAGGGCACAGACGGACUGACAUAGAUGAACAGACACAGAUGUACACAGACAGAUAUACAUAAAUACCUACAAUGAAUCCUUCAGACAGAUAGAAGGUCGGACAGACAUAUGGUUGGAAGGAUAGAGAGACAGACAGACUGACAGACAGAGUGCGAGCAGACCGAUAAUCAAUUACCGAUUACCCCCUUAAAAAGUAAAGCAGAGACAGACAGACAGACAGACACAGAGAGAGAGAGAGAGAGAAAGAGAGAGAGCCAGACAGACAGAUGCACUGAGAAACACAUUCAUAUGAAUUAGCCUUUAUAUCACUUAUAACGCACUGAUGUAUUGGAGGUUAUAUGUUUGAUCAGAUGAUGAGUUGGAGGCUGGUGCAGAAUGCAGAAGGACUGAUUGGUUUUAAACAAGACAUUAGUGUGUUGCACAAAGCAGUGUUUCUCUCAAAACAUACAUGCACAUUCCUCUACCUGUUCCCUCGUUCUUUUCCAUCCCUCUCUUUUCUCCUCCCCUUUACUUCAAAGCGUUUUCCCAUCUCAAUUUCCUCAAUUGCCCAACCCUUCCCCUUUCCUCCCCUCCUUCCACCUUUCAGUUACCACUUACAUGUAAAAGCCUGCAACAUAAUUGUCUGUUACCACUUACAUCUAAAAGCUUACCAGAGAAACCAUCCAAUCAAUAAAGAUAUGAACACUUAUGAUGUAAACAUCA